AAAGCAGUGGAAAACUCAGGUGAGGGUUAAAAAAUAUAGGACUAGAAAGUAAACAUCUCUUCUGUUUGCCCUGUUUCUAUCACAGAUGCUUUUCAAAUGAUUCAUCAACUUUUCCUUCAUGGACUCUCUUCUCAGACGUCAUGGGUCCCAGUGUUCGUAAUUGUUUCCUUUCUGAAGCCUGCGGGGCCAGUACAGAGCUCGCAGCACUGCCCGAGGCCUGGCCUCCCUGAACCGCAGGGAUCAGUGUUGUGACCGAAGCCCUGGUUCAUCAGUGAUGGAGAUGGAGCCAGAGAAAGUCAACAUGAGGAGGGGGCUGAGCGCAGACGCGUCCGCCUACCGCUGUGCUGCGUGUCAUGGGGAUGAGGACCUGGUGCUGGGCCACCCCAUCCGGGGCCGGACCAAGUCCCGCAGCCUGUCUGCCUCUCCUGCCCUGGCGAGCACCAAGGAGUUCAGGAGGACCCGCUCUCUGCACGGGCCCUGCCCAGUGACCACUUUUGGACCAAAGGCCUGCAUGUUGCAGAACCCCCAGACCAUCAUGCACAUCCAGGACCCUGCCAGCCAGCGGUUGACGUGGAACAAGUCCCCAAAGAGUGUGCUCGUCAUCAAGAAGAUCCGGGACGCCAGCCUGCUGCAGCCCUUCAAGGAGCUCUGCGUGUACCUGAUGGAGAUGAACAUGAUUGUGUAUGUGGAGAAGAAGGUUCUGGAAGAUCCGGCUGUUGUGGGCGACGGUGGCUUCGGGCCAGUGAAGAAGAGGUUCUGCACCUUCAGAGAAGACUAUGACGACAUUUCCAACCAGAUCGACUUUAUCAUCUGCCUGGGGGGGGAUGGAACCCUGCUCUACGCCUCCUCACUCUUCCAGGGCAGCGUGCCUCCUGUCAUGGCAUUCCACCUGGGCUCCUUGGGCUUCCUGACCCCUUUCAACUUUGAGAACUUUCAGACCCAAGUUACUCAGGUGAUACAGGGGAACGCAGCCAUUGUUCUGCGGAGCCGGCUGAAGGUCAAGGUGGUGAAGGAGCCCAGAGGGAAGAUGUCCUUCCCCAACGGGGUCGGCGAGAACGGGGUGCUGGCCUCCGGCUGGGACGCAGAGGCCGAGAAGCAGGUCAUGCAGUACCAGGUCUUGAACGAAGUGGUGAUUGACAGAGGCCCCUCCUCCUACCUGUCCAACGUGGAUGUCUACCUAAAUGGGCACCUCAUCACCACAGUGCAGGGUGAUGGUAUGUGGGCGUCGGGUGUGAUCGUCUCCACCCCGACGGGCAGCACUGCGUACGCGGCAGCAGCUGGGGCCUCCAUGAUCCACCCCAACGUGCCAGCCAUCAUGAUCACGCCCAUCUGCCCCCACUCACUGUCAUUCCGGCCCAUUGUGGUCCCUGCAGGAGUCGAGCUCAAGAUCAUGUUGUCACCAGAAGCCAGGAACACCGUGUGGGUGUCAUUUGAUGGACGAAAGAGGCAGGAGAUCCGCCAUGGAGACAGCAUCAGCAUCACUACCUCGUGCUACCCGCUCCCCUCCAUCUGCGUCCGAGACCCUGUGAGCGACUGGUUCGAGAGCCUGGCCCAGUGCCUGCACUGGAACGUGCGCAAGCGGCAGGCGCACUUCACAGACGAGGAAGGGGAGGAGGAGGGCUAGCCGCGUGUGCUGCACGUGUUGUCCACAGUCACACCCCUGCCGGCAUGAGACACCACGUCACUUCUGUCUGUAGCCAGAGCAGCAGCCUCAGAAUCUGCCUUUGUCAGCCAGAUUGGCCGUUUUUAACAUUUUAAAUCUGACCUUUUUCUGCAUUUCUGAAUGAGCCGAGCAAGCAGCGGCCGGUGAGUGCAACAUGGCACCCGUGUUUUCUGUCAGGGCCCAUCCCUGUCGAGCUGCACGGGCUCUUCUGGUUCCCUGUCAGGAAGCUCCACAAAUCCGCCUUUCACAUUGAGGGGAUCAGAAUGGAUGGAUCUAUCCUUUGGUGUUGAAAUAAAUGUCUCAGCCAAAAGCCUGCUUUCCCCUGAUCCUGCACCUUUCCCCAAACCUCAAGGGGAACCAAGUGGUGAGCACCUGGGAGGUGAUUGCAGGCUGGUUCGUGGAUGGGUUCUUUUCCUCCCCCCACCGUCUCUGGUCCUGUCUCCUACCCCCACUUUGGUGUAACAGGUGCCGCAGAUCGUCACGCCUGGCCAGUGAGCCUGGUGGUGGCCGGGUGAGGUCAGCCCACACACAUUCCUCUAGGAUCAGAGCUGGCCCCCAGCCCCAAGGCAGAGUUGGCCUCUGUAGUGCUGAUGCCCGGGUUCUGCUGUGCACACUGGGAAGACUGCUGGGGGAGGGCUCGUACUGUGAAACAGCUUGUACUGCGUGCAUGUCAUCUGUCUAGUCCACCCAGCUGCUUGGGGGUAACUUGGUUACGAAGCCACGGUCCUUUGCAGGUGUCACAAGAUUGGGACAGACGGGUUAGUGCCAAGAUGGUGCUUUGUGCAGGUCCCGGGGUAUAAGGACACCCUGUCAUUCCAGCAGCCACCCCUCCCUCGCCAGCUGGCUGAGGUGUGUACAGGUACAUGCACAUGUUUCCACAGGACCCAAAGCCUGUGCAGUCCAUGGUUGGAACCGAGGCUGUUUGCACGUGGCUUUGGCUCCCUAGCCCAACAGGUGUCCAAGAUCCGGGCUUGAUUUGAGUAACUGGUUUAUCUUUGAGGAGCAUUUUCAUCUUCGAGGUUGGGGAGAAGGGAAGGGCAGUGCAUUGUCUUGCCCACUUGGAGGGAAACAUGCCCCAAUCUUGUGCUAAUGAGGUGUCCAGGGCCACACGGCCCCCCUUGGCUGGGUCUCUAUAAAGAGCUGGCUCUACAGCCGAGCACUGUCUCCACUCUUUGUGUGUGUUGAUUGCUGUACCCACUUGUCCUUGCUUUGUGACCUCAGUGGUGCUUGGCACUUGGCCUGGUGCUGGACAUGGAGGUGCUGGACAUGGAGGUGGUCUCCCACUGCCACCUGCCCACCCAUCUGGCAGGCAGGCCGGCCUCCUGUGGAGAGGGAGCCAGAGCCAAACCCAAACCCCCCGGCAUUAGGUUCAGAGGAGUAGCAUUUGGAACUUGGGCCACUUGUUUAGACAGAAAUGCAAGUCCUGAAGCAGCACGACACUGAGAUGAUCCUGAAAGCUCUGGGUUUUUUUGAAGUAAUUCUUAGUAUUUCAUGUUAAUAUCCUGAAAAUUUAUUAAAUGUUGAAAGCCUUACUAUUUUCAGAUCUUUCAAUAAACACUUGUUUAAAAAGUCGGAUUAAUAA